AAGGCGGGAUAAUACGUGUUGUUCAAGUAGGAAAAAAAGGGCAUUCGGCCCAAUUUCUCCGUCCAAAUCUGCUAUAAAAAGGUUUAACAGCCACAUUGAAUCGCUGAAUCUCGUCGCGCCGCCGCCACUUCUACAACUCAUCUCUCUGUCGGUGGUACGGUCAAGUUCAAGCACACACAAUGGGGAGAAGACCUGCUAGAUGUUACCGACAGAUUAAAAACAAACCGUACCCUAAGUCACGAUUUUGCCGUGGUGUACCUGAUCCUAAGAUCAGAAUCUAUGACGUGGGAAUGAAAAGGAAAGGAGUAGAUGAAUUUCCAUUCUGUGUCCACCUCGUGAGUUGGGAGAAAGAAAAUGUGUCAAGUGAAGCUUUAGAAGCAGCUAGGAUUGCCUGCAAUAAGUAUAUGACCAAGUUUGCUGGGAAGGAUGCAUUCCAUUUGAGGGUCAGGGUGCACCCCUUCCAUGUUCUGCGGAUUAACAAGAUGCUUUCAUGUGCUGGGGCUGAUAGGCUCCAAACCGGCAUGAGAGGUGCAUUUGGGAAGCCACAGGGAACCUGUGCGAGAGUGGCCAUUGGUCAGGUUCUCCUUUCAGUUCGCUGCAAGGACAACAACGGUCAAAACGCACAGGAGGCGCUCCGCCGUGCUAAGUUCAAGUUCCCUGGUCGUCAAAAGAUCAUUGUUAGCAGGAAGUGGGGAUUCACUAAAUUCAGCCGAGCUGAUUACCUGAAGUUCAAGGCAGAGAACAAGAUUCUUCCAGAUGGUGUGAAUGCCAAGCUUCUUGGAUGCCAUGGGCCUCUAGCCAACCGUCAGCCUGGAAGAGCUUUUCUGUCUCAAGCUGCUUAGACUGAGUUAGUUGUUUAAUUUAUUUGGGAUCAUUUUUGACAUUAUUAGCAUUGGUUGUCUGAAUUUUUGUGAAACAAACUGAGCUUCCUUCUAUUCUGUUUUAUCUUCUAUCCUAAUAGUUGAGUCUUCUUUUGGAACAUCUCCAUUUAUUAGACAAUGAUCACAGUUCUUGAUUGUUUCUCAUCA